GCCAGGCGUGCUUUCCAUCAUUACUCAAUUUGUAUUUGUGUUCCUUUUUAUCCGCGUUAAUGGGUUUAUCUGUUUCUAUUUCUGCGAUUUGGUGUUUGAUUUGUGUUUUGUUUUUAGUUUUGGUUGAUUGGGUGAGAGCUGGUGCUUAUAGAUCUAAGUUUGGUUGACACUGCGCUGCUGCUCUGCACAUCAAGCUCUGAGCUACCGGUGGGAACAAGACAAAAACACCUGGUUCGGGGGCCCAAUCUGCAAAAUCUAGGGCUUUUCAUCCGAAUCAUUUGAGGCCAUUGAAGUGGCGGGUUUGUAUGAUCAUCAAGGUAAGUGCAACCUCGAUCUGGAAUUUACAAGAUACUCAUGGAGAUUCAAAUUCAAUAGAUUAUUUCAGGGUUUACAAAAGCCCACGAUCCAACAGAUUCGGCAGCAUUUGAAAGAGUGAAACAGGAAAAUUUUAUGAUCAUGGAUCUGUCUCAAUCUUCUUCUCUGUCUCAAUCUAAAGGAAGAUUUGUAGAGAAUAGCGACAAAAUCAGCAAUCUUCCGACCCAUAUUGCUCAUCACAUCCUUUCAUUUCUUAUGAUGGAAGAUAUUGCACGAUUGAGCAUGGUGUCAAAGUGGUGGCAAGAAUUAUGCAGAUCUAUUUCGUCCUUGACUGUUGAUGGCAUGCGAUAUCGAGGCAAGGAUUAUAAACUGAUUCGCUUCAAGAAUUUUCUUGAGAGGUUGAUGUUUCGACGCAAUGGAAUGAAGAUGGUGCAAUUUUGCGUUCGGUGGACUUUUCUUAAAUGGCAUCUUGAUGAAUAUCGUUUUUUGACAUGGCUACAUGAUGCAGUAAGGUGCAAUGUUGAAGUGCUUUAUCUUGACCUCUGUAUAUUUCUUCCAGGAGCUUUAAAAAUUCCACUUUGUGUUUUGCAUUGUGAAUCGUUGAGGUUUCUAACAGUGAGUUUGUAUGGUGGGGUUCUCCAACUGCCGUCGUCAAGUGGGUUCACGAAGCUUCAAUCGUUAUCGUUAACACGUGUUCGAGUUCUUGACGACCUUUUUGUGGAACAAGUCUUGUCUUCCUGCAAUUCCCUUGAUAAGUUAUGCCUUGAUGGCGUUAAUGGGAUUAAUAACAUUAACAUCCGGUCAUCAUCUCUAAAAUAUCUAGAAAUUAGGAGUUAUGAACAUGAUGGCCUCUUUCAUCUUAAUGUCUUUGGGGAGUGGCUUGAGGAGUUGAUAAUACAUUGGAAAUUUACUCCCUCUGGUGGUACAUCACUAAAAAUGGCUACUCCCCAUCUAAAAUGUUUUACAUGGGGCGGAUUUCCCCCAGAUAACUAUUUUUUUGGGAACUUAAAGUGUUUACGUUCUUGUGCAUUAAGUCUUGAACAACUUUCUAGCUCAUGGAGGCCCCCGUACUUGGAGGAGUUUUUCCACAUUUUAGAACAUAUCGAAGAACUAAUGAUACAUGCACAGUGUCUUAAGGCAUUAUUUAAGGCAGGCAUGCUGCCGAUUCCUUUGAAGCAUUUACAUACUUUGCGUAUAAACCUUAGCUCUUCAGAUAGUGUGGAUGGCGAUGUAUAUAAAGCAAUUGCCUUACUUAUGAAAGGAGUGGCUAAUGUACUAGGCUUGUUCAUAGAUGUGAAGCCUAGUCCAAAGAAAAGGCGUAAUUUAAGGCAGGCGUGAUGUCGAUUCCUUUGAUUCUUUGAAGUAUUUACAUACUUUGCAUAUUCUGAGCUCCGAUUGAAGCAAAUUUGUUUGUGUUGGAAAUUUGACUCAAAUAUUUCAUGAAAAUUUUCCAAUUUUAAUGUUUACCGUUUAAUAAGGGGCCAUGAAUAGAAGUCAGAAAAUCUGCACGUUUUUUGGGAACUGACUUUAUGAUUUUAGGGCUACUUACUCAAGUUCAUUUAAGGGCCUUUAGAGAUCAAAUUUUGUAGGGAUUUGAGGCAAUAUUUUCUAAGGAAAAAAAAAGGCCGUUCUUUCAUUUGUU